UAUAAAACAAGUGUGUCCAUGUAGAGCCCCAUCAUUGGAACUCCUCGGCUUGACCAUGUACCUCUGUCAACAACUCUGGCUGCUCUUGCUCUGGCUCUGCUUCGCCUUUCUCAGCGUGCAUGGCAUGCCAUACAAAUGGGGACCUGCCUCGAAUUCUGGACCCCACGGCGGACCCGCCUGGAAUGGCGGAGAUUCCACUGACAAUAUAGUCAUCUAUUCGAAAAAGACCGGCAAUUGGCGUUACUGAUUGAAACCUAGUGGUAGAGGCGUGACCACAGCCAAGUCUAGCUGCACUUUACAGUAAAUUGUAAAUUAUAUGAAUAAUUUUACAACUAUUUUGCAUUGCAAUUGUUUUCCGCCGAACCGUACUCAACUUUUAUGCAAAUACUUCAUUCAUUGUCACAGUCAAUUAAAUAUAGUCGCUUCAGUUGUAUACCUACAUGUGUGUCUAUGACAUAUAAAGAAGAACUUACACUUUAUUAUAUACCCAAAAUUAUUCCACGAGAUUAAAAGCCUUGAAUAAUAAAUAUAUAAAAAUACA